AUGCUUCUUGGAGGGGGUACAGCGCACCAUUUUCGGAUUGACCCUUCUUUUGGUCCACGUACUUGGCUCGGCUCGCACUCGGCAUCCUGCUCCAUGUUGCAGUGCUGCGUCGUGGACACACAGACCGAUGAACUAGAGCUCCAACCUGCCGACCUCACAGAGGUGGGAGAAGGAGCUCUGCCAGGCAAGGAUGGUGAUCUGACCUUUGACGUCACCCUGGAGGUGCAGCUGGGCGGCUUCUACGGUGCUGACUUGAUCGCUGUCGGGAAGGUGUGUGUGGUCAAUGGAAUCAACGACCGUGGCCUGAUCUUCGAGUGGAAUCAGGACGCGCCAGCAGAGCAGAAGGUGCGGAAGUUUGAUCGCUUGGUGGCGGUCAAUGGUCAAACCAGCGAGCGGGGCAAGGAGGUCUUAGAUCUGGCGAGGUUCGCGGAGGGGGACACCGUCCUCACCUUCCGACGCUCUCAGGUGAACGAAGUGAAGCUCUCUUCCAAUGGUGCGAGCCCUGCAGCGGGCUUGCAGCUCAAAGAGGGGCCAGGCUUUCUGUUGGUCACGGUGAUUGACGCUGGCGCGGCGCAGGAGCACAACGCGACGGCUCCUGUCAUGCGACAGAUUCAACCCGCUGAUUGGAUCAUCGGCGUCAGCGACCUCGAAGGGGCCGGCCGUACGCUGAUGGACAAGGUGAUCAAUGCAGAGAAGGAGUUGACGCUGAAGGUGGCCGUUUGGAGGUGA